AUGGCAGAUUAUCACCCAAACCAGCGUGAUGAGAUAAGAAGAAAGUAUCUAAUUUGGCGACCUAAUCAGCCUGACAUUGACUUUCCAUACAGAGAGUUUGGGAAGAAGAAGAAUAGGAGGAGGUUCAAUGCAGAUUGGUACGACGAUUAUGCAUAUUGUCUAGAGUACAACGAGAAGGAGCACAAGGCCUAUUGCUUAUGUUGCUAUUUGUUUAGAGACAACAUCAAAGAUAGCCACCAUGGGCAUGAUGCAUUUAUAGUGGAAGGCUUCAACAGUUGGAACAAGCCAAAGAGAUCUGUGACUCAUGUCGGCAAUCGUAAUAGCUUUCACAAUAGGGCACUCAAGGAUUGUGAGGAUCUACUAAAACAGGGGCAACCUUUCCGUGGUCACAAUGAAUCUAAAGAUUCUAAAAAUAAAGGAAACUACCGUGAGUUACUUGGUUUGAAUAUUAAACAAGUUAGAGGCCAAGGUUAUGACGGCGCAAGUAAUAUGUCUGGUGAGUUUAAUGCAUCUUGCAAGAGAAAAGACCAACUUCGUGAGCAUCAUCAAGAAGAAGUGAGGAAAGCAAUCGUUUGUGGAGAGAUCUCUACAAGAACGGGACUAAAUCAAGAACUAUCAUUUCAGAGACCAGGUGGCACUCGACGGAACUCCCAUUAUAAAACAUUGUUGGGUUUGUCAAAGAUGUUCUCGUCGGUGGUUAAAUUUAAUGACAGAUUUAAUGAGGUAAAUUCUGAGUUGCUUCUAUGCAUGUCUGCUUUGAGCCCAAGUGAUUUAUUUUGUCGUUUUGACAAGGCGAAGUUGCUGAAAUUAGCUAAGCAUUAUCCUGAUGACUUUAAUCACAAAGAUAUGGUGACUCUUGAACAUGAACUUGGUCUCUACAUAGAUAAUAUACUCCAUGAUACAAGGUUUUCUAUCUUGGAAAAAAUAGGUGAUCUAGCUAAACUGAUGGUGGAUACAAGGAAGCACCUCUCCUAUCCUUUGGUAUAUCGGCUUGUGAAGCUAGCUUUGACUCUUCCUGUUGCCACUGCCACUGUUGAGAGAUGUUUUUCAGCUAUGAAGAUUGUGAAAAAUGCUUUGCGUAACAAAAUUGGUGAUGAUUAUUUGAGCCAUAGCCUAAUUUGCUUUGUGGAAAAGGGACUGCUGGACGAAAUUACUAAUGAAGUGAUUGUUGAUCGUUUUCAUAAGAUGAAAGAUCGUCGUGGGAAGAACGAAAUAUAA